GUUUUUAUGUGUGCGCACAGGGUUGUGUGUUUUUCUAAGUGGAGCUGAAGUGCAGCCGUUCAUCAGUGGAGCUGACUGCAGACAGGGGAAUACUUAGAUCUCACUGCGCUGCUUUUUAACUUACACGCCAGCUGCUUUUUGGACUUUUUUUUUGCACCAAAGUGGGACUUUGCCGCUGCUCUCUUUCUGCCCUCCAGGCACCAUUCCCAUCACUGGAAUUACAGGUUUAUUUAUUUUUUUGCCACUUAUUUCUGGAGUUUCUACCUGCUUCAAACCAAUUUCUGGACUCUCAAAUUUGUACAGUUCACCUGAUUCCCAAAACUUUGUCCCUGAACAUGCCAAAGCCUGAGAAUGGGGGUUUUGGAAGCACAUGAAAAGAGCUCAGUGAGUGUGUGUCGAUGUGUGUGCAGCACUGUGAGCGUGUAGCCAAGACGGUUUGUCUCAUAUGGUCGUGUUUCUUCUGUAAUGCGGUGGAAAAAACUGCGAGAAGUUGAACGAAACAAUAGCGUAACAAUGGAAACCGUCAGCGGCGUCAGAAGCACGUCGGGUUCAGGUGGAUGCUGAUCCCCGACCUGGAAUGCUCUAAACUCUUGUGGAAUUUGGUUCCCCUGGAAACAGACGGGCAGGCGUCCAUGCCCAUGUGCGACGUUUUUUGGCCCGUCUCGGACGUGAGAGGUGAACUUGGUCGUCCUUCACUGGAGGAAGAGGAGGAGCAGCGAUUUGGCCGGGAGAUAUUUUAAAAGAUUAUUACAGAGACCUUAAAAGGAAGAGCGGACAUGAACUAGAAGCUCCACUAAAAGGAUCCUUCAGAAGUCCUUAAAAGGCUGGUGGCUGCUUCUGAUACACAGACAGGAAAUAUAGACAACAUAUGUAAAUAAAUUACACUACAACACCAGCGUUGGGCAUUAAAGGAAAAUACAUAAAACUCGGUCACUUCACGGACUCGAUUCUUUUUAAACGAAAGGACUUUGCUGUAAGUAGCCAAGAUGAUGACCAUGAUGAUGAUGAUGGCGGCCAUGAUGGUCACCUGCAGCUCUCUGUUCCUGCUCGGUCUGGCUGCUGCUCACGCCUCCUCCAGCACCGUGACCCGAACCUCCUCUUCAUCUUCGUCCUCCUCCUCCUCCUCUUCUUCCUCCUCCUCAUCAUCCUCCUCCUCCCCACGCAUGAAGCUUUCAUACAAAGAGUUGCAGCAGUUCCACGGAGUCCGGCGGUUCGAGCUGGAGCGAUCCUGCUGCUUCAGCGCUCUGCUGCUGGACGAGGAGCGGGGCCGGCUGUUCGUGGGGGCCAAGAACUUCCUGCUGUCGCUGUCGUUGGACAACAUCGCCAAGCAAGAGCACAAGAUCUACUGGCCUGCCCCCGUUGACUGGAGGGAGGAGUGCAACUGGGCUGGAAAGGACAUCACUUCCGACUGUGUGAACUACGUGAAGAUUGUGCACCACUACAACCGCACACACCUGUACGCCUGUGGAACCGGGGCCUUCCACCCGACCUGUGCCUUCGUGGAAGUGGGCCACAGGAUGGAGGACCAUGUGUUCAGGAUCGACCCCUCUAAGGUGGAGGACGGCAAAGGGAAGAGUCCGUAUGAUCCUCGACAUAACGCUGCGUCUGUACUCGUCGGUGAUGAGCUCUAUGCAGGUGUGGCCACAGACCUGAUGGGACGAGACUUCACCAUCUUCAGAAGCCUCGGAAAACGUCCCUCCAUCCGCACUGAACAGCACGACUCCCGCUGGCUCAAUGAACCAAAGUUUGUUGGUUCCUUUUGGGUCCCUGAGAGCGAGAACCCCGAUGAUGACAAGGUGUUUUUCUUCUUCCGGGAGACGGCGGUGGAGGCUCAGGGUUUAGGAAAGUCCACCUACUCCCGAAUCGGACAGCUGUGCAGGAAUGAUAUGGGUGGUCAGCGAAGUCUGGUCAACAAGUGGACGACGUUCCUCAAGACCCGUCUGAUCUGCUCGGUGCCAGGAGCAGACGGCAGCGACACCUACUUCGACGAGCUGCGCGACGUGUUCCUGCUGCAGACCAGGGACAGAAAGAAUCCUCUGGUCUACACCGUCUUCUCCACUUCCAGCAGUGUAUUUAAAGGCUCAGCUGUGUGUCUCUACUCCAUGAAUGACAUCCGGAGGGCCUUCCUGGGGCCCUUUGCUCACAAAGAGGGGCCCAACUACCAGUGGGUCCCCUUCCAGGGAAAAGUACCGUAUCCCCGCCCCGGAAUGUGUCCCAGCAAGACAUUCGGCAGCUUUGAAUCCACCAAGGGUUUCCCAGACGACGUGAUCCAGUUUGCACGUCACCACCCUCUGAUGUACAACCCGGUUUACCCGAUGAGCCGGCGACCCGUCUUCGUCAGAACCAACGUGGACUACAGCUUCACUCAGAUCGCUGUGGACAGAGUCAGCGCUGCCGACGGACAGUACGACGUCAUGUUCAUUGGCACAGACAAAGGGACAGUACUCAAGGUGAUCAACGUCCCCAAGGAGAGCUGGAACAACAUGGAGGAACUUUUACUGGAAGAGCUGGAGGUCUUCAAAGAUGCCUCAUCCAUCAUCAACAUGCAGAUUUCCUCAAAACGGCAACAGCUGUACGUCGGCUCCAACAACGGCAUCGCCCAGGUUCCCCUCCACCGCUGCAGUGUGUAUGGGAAGGCCUGCGCCGAGUGCUGCCUGGCCAGGGACCCGUACUGCGCCUGGGACGGGACAUCCUGCACUCGCUACCUGCCAAACACAAAGAGGCGUUUCCGUCGCCAGGAUGUAAGGAACGGAGACCCCAACACCCUUUGCUCUGGAGACCACCAUAAGCACCGCGUCGCAGAGAGGAAGCUGUAUGGAGUUGAGGGAAGCAGCACCUUCCUGGAGUGUAUCCCGAAAUCCCUUCAGGCCAGAGUCACCUGGACCUUCCAGAAACAUCCACAGAACCCACGAGAAGAGGUACGUCUAGAUGACCGCAUCCUCCAGACCGACAGAGGCCUUCUGAUUCGUCGCGUCCUCAAGAGAGACGUCGGCAUCUACCAGUGCCAUGCGAUGGAACACGGCUUCACCCAAACCUUACUGGGCAUCACCUUGGAAGUUGUACCUUCAACAUCAUCCUCCGCCUCCAAUCUACCCUCCGACGCCCCCGUUCGAUUAGACCCCCGCAGUAGUGGUGGCUCCUCGAUGACCAAUCAAAAGCUUUGGUACCGGGACUUCAUGCAGCUGGUGGACCACCCCAACCUCAGCACGGUCGACCAGAUCUGCGAGCAGGUCUGGGCGCGCAAGAAUGCUGGCGGCGAGGAGGCGGGUUUUCCCGCCACGGGGAAGGACAUCCCGCCUCUGGGUCCCGCUGUCCGCCCGGCUAACAAGAAGUGGAAACAUCUCCAGGAGAUAAGGAAGGGGAGAAACCGCCGGACCCACGACGGGAAACCGAACCCUCGGGCGCCUCGCAGUGCAGGGGAGUAACGACGUAGAGGACGAGACGGAGGGAGGAAAGAAUGACUGAUACGAGAAUAAGAAAGAAAACUGAGAGACCAAGAACUCCUGGAGGUGUUCAUACAUACAGAUACACCCAUGAAACACACACACACACACACUCACAGCACCUCCUCUAUUGUGUAUAUUUAUCUAUGGAUGCCCACACUAUAUGGUACCCCAGCCCUAACCCACCGGUCGGCCCCUGCAUGUGCUGCCGUACUGCCCAAGUUGAUUCUGCACGAUCCCUUUACGCUGUUCCACUAGAAUAGUCGAGUGUACCAGCAGAUACGUGGGAGUGAACCCACCUUUAUGCGUGGGCACCCGUCAUUCCCUUUGCCACUGACUGGAUAUGGAAUAUGGAUAUGACCACAUCUUUGCCUACUACAAACCAGCUGCACUUCACAUGUGGCUGGUGGAUCACAGUAUGCACACUAACUCUCUGGACUGCACCACUCAAAUACAGUUUUGGAUGAACUCUCCUUGUGACUUUUCUUACCUGAUGAUUUAGUAAAAUGGUGGACUCGAUGGGAAGCAAAUGGAGCAACAUGACAACUGGAAUAUAGUUUAAGAAAAAGAAAGAAAAAAAAAAGGCAACUGGAAUCACAAGACUAUUUAAUUGCACAAGCAUGCAGGCAGAGAAACAGUUUUUUUUGAAAUCUUUACAGAAACUGAAUCGAUCAACUCCCUGUGGUGCUCUCGUUGCACAUAUUUCCACUAACCUCACUUUUCACAGGUUUUGUGUGCACAUCAAAAAAUGCACAAAAGCGAUAGGAGAUGCCAGCAGCUUUGGGCGACCUGUGGAACAGAUCAGCAUGUUGCAUAACUGGUUAUAAUAUAUUGUAAGUUUCCUUAGGCACAUCGAGGCAUGUCACAGCAAAAUAAACCACACACACACACAAUACAAUGCUGGUGGUCACAGUGAGAGAGCAGCGAUAUGUGGCCAGAUAUGAUUAUAUUGGUUUACUGGUCCAAACCACUAAGAGAAUGAGUAGCGGAAAAAACUACUCGCAUUCCAUGAUGUGAGAGGAAGAUGACAUGUUUACAGUACUCGGACAAAGCUGGUGCACAAACAAAAUGCAUCCCGGAAAGCAACUCAAGGCCCUUUCUGCAAGUUUUAUGUGGCAUCUUUUACAAAAACAAAUUAUCUGAGAAGAAGAAUCCGAAACCUCCCUCGAAAAGUUGCUGUGUCCAAUGUUUGGUGCAUUUUGGAUGAGAAGCAGGAAGAGGAAAGAUUUUUUUUUUUUUAGCCAACGAUGACAACCCAUGUUUCUGGGCUACAGUAUAUAUAUUAGCAUGAUAUUUAUGAGUGAGACUAUGAUUUUUAUUUUUUAUUUUCUACUCUAAGCGGUACUUUAUUUCUUUUACACUGUUCUUGCAUAUAUCGUUUGUGAUAAUUAGAUAUGCAAAUAAUACGAAACGAGCGGAGUCCUCACUCAGCACGGUAAAAUGCACAGAAAGCGGCUCUUCUGCGCUACCCACAAUGCAUUUUCACCGUUUGCAAAAAAGAAGAAAAGGAGAAAAAAAAAUCCCAUCCGACUUCAUACACUGUUGUAAUCACUUCUCAAUGUAGUGCUACAGUCAUCAAUACCAUUGACUCUUGCUGCUUAACGAUGUCAUUUCUACGUAAUGGACAGUUAGUACGAUAAGGUCUUCCUUCUCCAUGUCUUAGUCUAAUCUUUCUCUGUAUUACCUGUAAAAAAAAUUGUUUGUUGGUCGUCUGUGCUAUCAUGGUGUGUGUAGCCUGCCCCCUAGUGUCCAUUGUGUGUACAGGCUCGGACGGAGAGCCAAACUGUGGUACGAUCCUUUAAUAUAUCAUCGUCUAUCCACAUGAAAGAUAGUAAACUGGCCUUGUAAGAUAGAAAAAAAACAAACAUUCAUUUGCAUUCAUGGAAUCUCAAUAUGAUUUUUAUGAUGAACUUAUUGGUCUAAUUUGUGUUGCUGCCACAUGGAAUUGAGAGGAACUGGGCUGUGGCGACGCAGCAUGAACUAGACCUGCGAGUGGAUUUUUAGAUGUAUGGAAUCAUUGUCGUUGUUAUUUAUAUACCUUCUUUAUAGAGAUGUAAUUAACUCUUUAAACUGAACUGACUGACGCCUAUAAAAGGGACACUCCGCAUUUUGACACCACGUCCAGGAACAGAGCGCAACGGUGACGCUGAAAUCUAAACUGAUUUUUACCUGCAGGACGCAUGCAUGUGCCAACACCUGCGUAUAAACAAGAGAACUAGUUGAGUUUAGACUACUAAUCCACUACAUUGAGAGAUUAGAGUGGUCACUUGUGUAAUUCUUUUGUUUUUAUCAAAAUAGAUGAUUCUCAUUGGCAGUGAUGUCAACCUUGCCCGAGUAUCCCUUUUAAGCCAGCUGUUGUUUUGUGCUUGAAAUUGCAUGACCAAUGUUAGUGGCUAACGCGUUCGACAAUGGUGUGGUGGCAAGACGGAGAGCGAGAGAGAAAGAAAGCACAAUGUUGAAUAUUAUUAUUAUUCCUAUGUAUUUAUGUGCAAAGAUAAGCUGAUAUGUUGUGGUGGAUUUUUAUUUUUCUUAUAAAUGUAGAUUUACAUAUGUAUCGUUCAUGUUCUGCUGAAAAAGGACUCAUCCUCAACAUUUGUUUUUUUUUGUUGUACAUUGCAGCCAAUGGAGAAAACUCUUCCUGAAGACAGUGUCCAAUUAGAGUCUUUGUUGUUAAAAAAAAAAAAAAACAGCCCUCCAAUCGACACUCCUGUUGUAUCCCAUGCCAUGUGACGCACCCCUGCUCAAUAGGAGAGGCUUGUGUGUGUGUGUUUGUGCGUGUAUGCUUGUGUGUGUGCAUGUGUGUGUGACAGAGAUGUGUGUUUUUUGUGUGUGGGUUUCGGGGGAAAGCAGAGCUCUGUAUAUAAUGGCAAAGGAACAGUGGUGUGUAGAGCAGGUCUGUAGCUGAGAGUUCAGAGGUCGAAGGCCAAAGUUAACGUGGUGCACUGUAAUACUCCCAGGUCUUUGUGAAAUGUCAUGUCAGAUUGUUUUUGAUUAACACAAUAAAAAUAUGCAGUUACUUCAUGA